UGGAACAUUUAUAUGUAGCAUAACUUUUUCUGUAGCUCUCCCCUUUCGUACUGUUUCCUUCAAGAUCAAAGAAAAUGAAAUCCACAUUUGAGCCUGAAUAUUGUCGAUCAAGUGAACUAAAAGCUUUCGAUGAUACCAAAGCCGGUGUUAAAGGACUCGUCGAUGCCGGAAUUACCAAAAUCCCUCGAAUUUUCCAUCAACCUCCGAAUGCCUUGCACAAUAUUUCUGAUACUAAUACAAAUUUCAGUUUUCCUAUCAUAGAUCUCCAAGGUGUCGAAAAUAGUGCAGAUUCGCGCAAGGAGAUUAUCGAAAAAGUACGAGACGCAUCAGAAACUUGGGGAUUUUUCCAAGUUGUUAAUCAUGGGAUUCCUAUCAAUGUUCUUGAGGAGAUGAAAAAUGGAGUUCAUCGAUUUCACGAGCAAGAUUCCAAGCUGAAAAAAGGAUACUAUUCUCGCGUUUUAACUGAAAAGGUAGUUUAUUACAGCAAUUUUGAUUUGUAUAGUUCACCAGCAGCUAAUUGGAGAGAUACGUUGGCUAUUCAGAUGGUUCCUCAUCCUCCAAAACCUGAAGAGAUUCCAGAAACUUGCAGAGAUAUAUUGAUGGAGUACUCCAAGGAAAUGAUGAACUUGGGAAAUUUAAUGUUUGAAUUAUUAUCAGAAGCUUUAGGUUUAAAACCUAACCACUUGAAAGAAAUGGAGUGUGACAAAGGUCUUCUUGUUUUGACCCAUUACUACCCACCGUGCCCUGAGCCGGAACUAACCUUAGGCACAACCCAGCAUGCCGAUAAUGACUUCCUCACUCUGCUUCUUCAAGAUCAUAUCGGCGGCUUACAAGUCCUCCAUCAGAAUCACUGGAUUGAUGUUCCUCCCAUGCCUGGUGCCAUAGUGGUUAACAUCGGAGAUCUUCUACAGCUCAUAUCAAAUGACAAAUUUAAGAGCAGUGAGCAUAGAGUGUUGGCGAACUGUGAAGAAGAAGCAAGAGUAUCGGUGGCAUGCUUUUUCAGCACAGCUUUAUUGUCUGUGCCAAAACUUUAUGGACCGAUCAAGGAGCUAUUAUCGGAAGAUAAUCCUCCGAAAUACAGAGAAACUACAGUUAAAGAAUAUGCUGCUCACUUUAAUGCUAAAGGCCUUGAUGGAACUUCUGCUCUGCUUCAUUUCAAACUUUAAAAAUUAGCAGUCAGUCAACAUGUAUAUUGAGCUGGUCUAAUAAAGUAAGUUCAUGAAAUUGUAUUAUGCCUUAUGAAUUUGUAAGCAAGAAAUACAAAAACAUGGAAGAAUAUGCUUUUUUUUUC